GAAAAAGAAACCUUACCGGCCUUUAGCGUGCAGUGCGAGUGAGUGUCAAAGCAGCCCCUUCAGUCAGCGCGCGCUCGGAGAGCGUAAAUCACGCCGGAAGGACGGAAAUUUCAGCGCACUAUUCAUCACAAUAAUACUUCGCGACCCCGUAUAUUAUCUUGCGGCCGAGCGCGGACGGGAAGAAUCCAGUGCGUUGUAUAUUAUUUGGACGUCGAUCAUCAUCGAGGAGUUCGGGGCCGGGAAAAGCCGGGUGCCAUGGCACUGCCCGGCACAGAUCCUAAUCAUGGGCGUGGUGUUGGCGAACCAAGCGUCGGACAUUAACUGCGUGGGUCGUUGGAUCGUGAGCGCAGCACCGAAUGCGCGGAUCAAGUGCAUUGCAUAACGGAUGUUAUCCUCUUAGGCGAGCGCUCGGCCUAUGUGUGUCGCCUCAUAUUUGGCACAAUCCAAUUUCCUGCAGCCGCGACGAGCUAGCGAAGACACUGUAGAUUCGAUCAGCGAGCGCGUUAUGCGUGCUUCUGCUGCUGCGCACUAACCGAGAGAACAUGAUGGCAGGACUCGAUCAUACCGUUAUGUUUGACACCAGUCGUCCGAAGAGGAAAGUUCGACCCAUCUCAAAAAAGCGCAUAACGUUCGAUACAAAAGACUCGAACGUCUCUCAAUCCCAGCAGAAGGUCAAUUCAAAAUCAGAGCCGAAGGAGGACAAAAAGAGCCAAUCCAAAGCGUCAGCCCAGCCAUCGUUAGACCCAUUUGACGACAAUGCGGAUAACCAAGGCUUCGCCGAGUGGCUGCGCUCCGGCGACGGGGUCGACAUGAUGCGGCUCUUCGUCAUCGCCAACUCUCUUGUCGUCCUGCUUACAAUGGCCUGGCCACACAUACAGCUGACCUUCGGCAUAAUACGCGAGCUUAUCUUCGGCGAGGAAGAAUACUAGCGAUAUUGGCUUCCUUAUGAAAUUGCAUAUCUCGGCUGCUUUAUGCAUGAAAGACUGUUUCGUCGGAGCUUCCAGAGAAAGAGAGAGCUUUUUUGCGGUCUGUGAUUCUCGGAACGUAGAGUAUGUGAUCGCGACACUCGAUUAGAUUCGACUACUUUUUUUUCGCGCAGCGACAUAUUGCACGGGCUGUCACUGUUUGUUUUUUUUUGUGAACGACGUUCUGACGACUAUUAGAUGAAGCGCGAGUUUUUCUAUCUGGUGACGUACACGCGCUACGCAGUGAUAUGAAGAGGAUUUUCACAACAAUGUGACUUUGAUGUUUUUGCUUUUCAGUAUGUGCUUUUCUGCUCUGUGAAUUCUUUACACGCAUCCUCUGCUCUAGAGCCCACUAUUUUGAUUUCUAGUAGAAGUUUCGCGCUGUAAUCGCGAUAAUUCGCAUUGAGACAGAGCAGAGCCUUUCUCAAAUCUCGAUAGCCAAAGUAGCUUGCGCUUGCGCGCGCGGGGCUUAUUAAUUAAGUCACAUCGACAAACAGCAAACGCAAACAAAGCUCCGUCACCUUGCCAAACUUUCCGGCUAAUCCCAAUCGCAAAAUCGUCAAGCGCAGCCAAACAGAAACCCUUCGCGCGCGACGUCAGCCAACUAACUCCUGGCAAACUCUAUCUUCCAUAAUAUAACGCCUUCAGCUCGCACCCUCGUACGGACGCGCACACAUCAUUCCCCGUGUGUCCGACGUCUCUCUAAUCCGCGAGUCAGCUCGAGACCCACACACACACACACACGCAGGUAGACGCGACAGUCAUGCUCGCGCUGCUGCUACGGGGAUUCUUCCUGCUGACGGUGGUGGGCUGGUACAGCACGAGUCUCUGGAAGAUGAUCGACGGCUACUUCAAGGGCCAGUUCCAGCGCUAUCUCGAGGAAGAGUACCAGAGGAACCCGAAGAUGCGCCAGGACGUGCGCACGGGCUUCAACGACGCGGCCGAUAAGUCGGCGAGUCCGGUUACCGAGGAGCUGCAGCAAGUUCUUCGCUCUUGUAGCACUGAACUAGCAGCCGAGGAGGUCGGCUGUACAGUCGGUGAGGCAGAGCUCGCGAAGAGGAGUGAAGAAAGUGGAACGACGCCGGCAGCGGAUGCCUUUGCAGCAGGUGCAGCUGCUGAGAUUGAAGAGGAGGAGAGGGACGAGGUGGAGAUGAUUGUGCCUGAAGCCGAAAAAGAGGUCGAUGGGUUAGAGGAGCUGGCAUUCCGCGAGAAGCCCGCGCGGGAACGCGAUGCCGAGCCUCCGGACGAAGAGGCCGUUAUACUGCAGGCUACUAUUGAAAACGAAUCUGUUGACAACUUAAUGGUCUACAUAGAGGAGAUAGAAGCACGGCAACCAGGCCUACGAGAAGAUCGAAACGAACAAGAAUACCAACAGCAGCAGCAACAACAGCAUCGCAAACAACAUCAAUCUCAACGACGCAGUCAGCGACAGAAAAAAGAACAACAGUGUCCGAAGCCCGGGAAGAAACGAAAAUUUAGCGGUCGGCCGCAGAUAGGCGCAAAGUCCGAGAAAGCAACGAGUAAAAAAAACCGUCACGGACCUCUAACUUUAACAGACGAAGACUUCGAACGUGUAAGCAGAAAAAAGUACAGAUACACGGACGAGGAGGGCAACAUAGUCGAUCGGGACUUCUCCGAGUUCGACGACGAGAAUAGCUGGACGUCCGACGGCUUCGACGACGAAGACGAGGAGGACAAGCGUAAGAGGAUUCCACUGGCGGAUUUGCCGUACAAGCCGGCGGUCGAUGUUUACGACCUCGACAGACUUUCGGAGGAGGAAUUCUGCCCUCUCACGCUAGAUGACGAUCCUACCUGCGAAGAGACGCGGCCCUGGCCGUAGACUCUCGUCGAAGCUUUGCACCGGUUUGCCGAUGUAUGACUGAGAUGGAUGGUUAUUCGUUUGUUUGCUACAUUAUUGUAGAAGCAGGGAACAUUAAUUUACGUCAAAUGAUCACUUGAAUAUUAUUUUAAUGGCUUUUUGACUCCGAGAGCUUGAUGGAACCAAUUUUAUCAAUAAAUGAAACGCGUAUACAUUUACAUGCGUUACUUCAGCCGAGCAUAUUUAUUUACAAUUCCAAAUAUGAUGGACUCUAUAUUUGAUAUUUUCUUUUCACUCUUGUAAAAUGAAACAAACAAAUAUUUUACCUACUUUAUUCACGUAGGACAGAUCAUUACACGUAAAUAAUCUCUACCCUGGCCGCCAUCAAAAUAGAGAAAUCCAUACUGUAAUACAUUCUAAAACAUAUUAUACAAUUCACUGUACGACACGCUGCGGAAACAAAUGAAUGCGCGUUGCAGUACAAUUAUCAAUACAUGGACGCCGUGCGUAGUGUUAAAUUUAGACGUGAAAUGAAUAUUUAUAGGUUCGGUCGUGAGCGUGCAUUGUGUAUACGCAUUUGAGUUCAUUUAAACAAUGGGACUGCGUUUCAAAUGUAAGACAGCUGAAAUUACGCGUUUAGUAAAGUAACGUUAUAUCAUCUAUCAAAGUGCAUUAAUAUGCGCUGCUGGCAGAGUAGAACCGUUUAGAUACCGUAUUUUAAUAGCAAUGUGGAUGAGAUUCAACCGUAAUAAUUCUAAUCAUUCAUAUCGAAGUUAUACGGCCAAAGAAACCCGUUAUGAAUAUUAUAAAAAGUAGGAUGACGUGGUAAAAUGAUACUCGAAAACACGGAUAAAAUGUAAAGUUAAGAAAUUUUAAUGCUUAUCAACCGUUCUACUUUACGGUUAAUAAUCAGGAUUGUAUCUAUGAUAACAAAAAUAUGUAACACGCAGUGCACAAGCAAAUUGAAUUUGAAAUUAUUUGUAAUUUACGUUACAAGCGCAGCGAUCAAUGAACUGCAUAUUUUAAUAGAAAUAACACCAAACCAGAUCAGUAAUAGAUACACUUCGUUUUGUUUGCAUUCUAAACCUUGCACUUGAGCAGAUCUAUAUGUAUAAAUAACUCACGGUGAUAAUUGCAUCAUAAAACACUCCGUAAGCGAUGAGAUCUCGCAACGCUCACGCAAACGUCAAAACGAAGAAAACAACGCUAAAACCGCUCUCUUUUUGUAGACCAAGUGCAACGAUCUUUCCUACGCACUAUACACAACUUACGUAUAUAUAAUACUUAAAACGCGAACGGAAAAUGCUCUGCGUUCGAAAAGGAAAACGCGAUCGCGUCAAGCUUUCAUCACUCAAAAGCAGGAAGUCCCGACUGCUACAGUUCGUUCGCGACUCGGCGCUUUCCAACGGGUGUCUAUUAUAAAAAAAAUUUUCGCCCGUAAAAGUCGCUAGCCCGAAACCGCGAACGGCGUGUUUCACGGUUGCGCACGAAGUGUAGGAUUACGAAUUCAAGGCGCUCGUUAAAAUGGAACAGAAGAGCCGCCGCGUGCCCGAGGAGUAUCCAUUCGGAAAGUUCGUUUAAUACCAUCAUCGCGUGGAUGCACAGUUACGCGAAAAGUUUUGAAUACGAAAGGCGAUUCAGGCGUGUUUGAUUUUUUGAUUACUGUUGUUGUUGUUGUUGAUGAUGCUCGAGAUAUGACAAGCACCAUCCCAGGCACAAACUUUGACGGUUGGUUUUUUCGUUCGAAUUUGCGCGAAAGAACAUAGCGAAUAAAAUUGCUAAAAACGAUUUAUUUAUGCACUUAUAACGUAAUUUGGCAAAGACAUAACGAUUUUAUAAAAAGCUCAUUUAUAAUCAUCCGCGACUUAAAAGAGAAAAAAGUACGGCGGAUAUCUUCAUCAACAGGAGAUUAUCGAAGAUUGAUCACUCCGGUAUGAGCUUGUGUGUAAUGAAUAUAUUAUCUAGUAAUGAAGGAUCGCCUCGCGAGAGAUAAGAUCGCCGCUGGCAAUCAAACCAACAAAACAGCAGCAGCGUUUACCUGAUUUUACAAAAUUAAAAAGCACUCAAAAGUGCAACAAGACACAAAAAAUAUGCCACCCACAAUCACCGGGGAAAAAAUCUCCCACGUUCUUGCCCAUAAGAGACAUAUAAUAUCCCCAUACGGAAUUCGGAUAAAUUAAAAGCCGUGCAUUCCUCGCCUCUCGCACGGCGAAUCAACGAGCUCACGAUCCCGGGAAAAUCGAGCACGAAAAACCACGGCUCGCGUGCGCAACAUCUUACACACAGCACAGACGAGGGAUUGCCCUCACGCGCUAGAGAAGAUAAAAAACGCUCUCGCGCACAGAAGUCGAAUGAUACACAGUCAGCUCGCGCGCGGGCGAUUUAUGUAUUUUCCUGACUCGGACUGUUCACUGGCUCGUAAAAGCCGAGAUGCUAUACCGGCUGCGACGCUCUGCUCGCUGAUGUGCGUGCAGCAGAUGGGCGCGCGGACUGUGCUGCAGUGGCCCGAUUACGCGAGCGGACUGACCGUGACGACUUUCCGAUUUCCAAGCGCGGGAGUCGUGAGCUUUCGUCGAGCUCGCGCGGUUACUUAGUCGGUCGAGACGAUAGUGCCGCUGAGAAGAUAGCAAUUGUGUGUAGCGGUAUACUACUACUGCUAGCUUUUUAGUGCGGUAGGAGAAGACUUGUGAUUUCUGCUGUAUGGACGUCUGCCUCCUUUUUUUCGUUCCCGUUUAAUUUUACGGAGGUUGGCUUUUAGUGUACCGAGAAACCGCGAAUAAACGCGCUUUUAUUGUUCCAGCCGGUUUUUGCGCUCAUUUGGAGCGAUAAGUAUUUCUUUUGAAUUUUCGAUCUUUAAACGAUUCUUUGUUUGUCUUGGUGCAUCAUAUAACUGGUGAUCUUUCGUACAUUCUUAUUUUCUAUAACUGUGAACACUUCACUAGCGCAUCUGUUCCACAUGCGUUACGUUGCGCGGCUUACCGCAUAUACAUUCUCUCUCUCGCACCUUAUGCGACAGGAAACGAAUAUAAAUGUAUGCCAAGUGAAAUGACGUCAAGAAUACUAGUAUCGACUCUGUAGUAAAAGUUAACCACUCCUUGAA